UUUAGCUUUGAGUCCGGAAGUGUUUGUAGCUAACCAUCGGACUUUUAGUACUACGAUUGGCGUUGAAUUGGCGUUGAAAGCCGCAAUCACUGAGAAAGCAGUUAUAACCAUAAUCAAUAAGUGUUUGAACUUAGUAGUUUCAUCGGAGACAGGAGAAGAAUUAUGUGCUUGGCUUGAUCCGGAGCGGAUAUCCAAACUUGGAGGAGCUGAAGUUGGAGCUCCGAAAGAUCAGACGGAAACAAAAUUCGCUGAUAUUGAUGCUUUUGCUCCUGUUAAUAUUACCCGAAUACAAAAUGAUUGUAUGGAUGUUUUCACUCAUUUCAAUAAUAAACUUACUGAAGCCUUAGUGAAAUGCACGAAGAAAUCAUUAGAGAUGCUGAAAAACCGGAUUGGGACUUCGAGUAUCAACUUGCGGGAUAUCACUCAAUCCCAUCAUGAAGUGCCAUUACUUCGGACACAAUUUGUACUGCAAAUACCUACGAUUAUAAUCUCACCCAGCAUUGAGAAAUUACAAAGUUCUUUCAAUGAAAUGGUAAACAAUCUACUCAUGAUUCAUGCAGGGAUCAAGCAAUGGGGGCAAAGACCUUCUCAUGGAAGAUCAAGAAGAGAUACAUUUGGCGCGGAAGUACAGGAAGGAGAAGACGUAGCAGAACCGAAGAAUUAUUACCAAGUGAUUACCGAUCAUAAAGAUAUCGUACGGAACACGAUAGCUUUUCAAGGAAUAAUAUCAAUGCUGAAAAAUGACAUUCUGUUAAUUGCUAAUGAUUAUGUAGAAGCUUAUUCUUAUAUCUGGACACCAGAUAGAAAUAAUCAAACAAAAACAUUCGUUGAGAGCGAGCCAACGAUAGAGCAAAUAAAGGAUGCAUUUCUGAAAUAUGAUGCUCUGCGAGAAGAAAUUAGAAACUUACCUCCAUAUCACAUCGUUGGCUGUAUUCAGAUUGAUAUGGAGAACAUGAAAGGUGCUUUACGAGUAGAGAUUGGAUCAUGGAAAAAUGCUUUCAAUUCUAUGUUGAAAGAAGCUUAUAAGCAAAAAAUAAAUCAAUUCAUGAAUUUUAUGAAAGAUAAAAGUGAAAUACUUGAAAGGAAAAUCAAUGAUCUCGAGGACGUUAGAAUUGCAAUGAAGUGCCUCAAUGAAAUUAGAGAGAACUUCAUAUAUUUAGAUAUAACACUUGUCAAUAUCGAGGAUACAUACGCAAUAAUGGCAAAUUUCAAUGUUCCAAUCGCCAAAGAGGAUCAAGAUGUGGUUGAUGGUCUUCGUUAUUCCUUCAAUAAUAUGCAGCAAAUGGCUAAAACCGUGCAGAACACGAUUUGUCAAAUGCAGAAACCUUUAAAGCAACAAUUAAUGGAUGGGGUCCUAGUUAUGAAAGCCAAUGUGGAACGGUUUGACCACAAUUUUGAAAUGCAUGGUCCUAUGGUCGACGGAAUACCGGCGAAAGAAGCUAGUGAACGACUAAUUCUUGCACAAGCUCGAUUCGAUGAGUUGUGGGAACAAUAUGAAACGUACAGUUCUGGUGAAAGUCUUUUUGGAAUUGAAAUAACCCAAUACCCAGUACUUGACCAUCGCAAAAAGGAGCUGAAUUUAUUACAAAAGUUAUACAGUCUUUAUGUUCAAGUCAUGCGAUCAAUUGACGGUUAUUAUGACAUUCAAUGGAGAGGAAUAGACUUGGAGAGCAUCGCAAAUGAACUCAUAGAGUUUCAGAAUAAGUGCAGAAAAUUACCAAAAGCUAUGUAUGAAUGGCCUGCUUACAUCGAUUUGAAAGAGAAAAUCGACGAUUUCAACGAAAUUUGUCCAUUAUUGGUACUAAUGGCUAAUAAAGCAAUGAAAGAUCAUCAUUGGGAUCGACUUUCAAAAUUGUGCAAUCAUUUUUUUGACGUCGAGUCCGAGAACUUUACAUUAGCUCAUGUGAUAGAAGCUCCAUUGCUCAAAUAUAAAGAAGACAUUGAAGAUAUUUGUAUAAGUGCUGUUAAAGAAAAGGAUAUCGAAAGCAAAUUAAAGCAAGUGAUCGCUGAUUGGGCAAAUGUAGAUUUGAACUUCGCCCAUUUCAAACAACGGGGAGAGCUCUUACUCAAGGGGGUAGAAACUGCGCAAAUAAUAUCACAAUUAGAAGACAGCUUGAUGAUUAUUGGUUCUUUGUUGGCUAAUCGUUAUAGUACGCUCUAUAAGAAAGAAAUUCAAUCCUGGCAAAAUAAACUUGGUAACACUGCCGAAAUAUUGGCGAAGUGGUUAUUAGUUCAAAAUUUAUGGGCUUACCUAGAAGCAGUUUUUAUUGGAGGUGAUAUUGCUAAACAACUUCCAGCCGAAGCAAAACGUUUCAGUAUUAUUGACAAAUCCUGGGUGAAAUUGAUGCAUCGUGCGAGAGACAAACUGAAUGCUGUCGACACUUGUACAUCGGAUGAAACGAUGAGUCAACUUCUACCGCAUCUUGUGGAGCAGCUUGAGUCUUGUCAGAAAUCAUUAAGCGGAUAUCUGGAAACGAAACGGAUGUCCUUUCCGCGGUUUUACUUUGUCUCAGAUCCAAAUCUCUUAGAAAUCCUUGGUCAAGCUGCAGACUGUCAUAGUAUACAACAUUACUUAGAUGAAUUCUUCGACAAUGUUGCUAAAGUAGAUUUUUCGGAUGUGGAAAAUGAUAAAAUAGUCGCCAUAUAUUCACACGAAAAUGAAAAAGUUGUCCUUGAUAAGGAAGUUGCUUGUAUUGGCGGUGUAGAGAUUUGGUUGAAUACUCUAUUAAAGAUGCAUCAGCAGUCAGUUGGGAGUGUCAUAUCUCAAGGUCUCCAACUGUUGAGUAUUCCUGAAAAUGAUAUAUGUACUCUCAUUGACUCUGCAAUUCUUCAAACGGGAUUAUUGGCGAUCCAGACAUUGUGGACUCGUGAUUCAGAAGUUGCCAUUGUAUCAGCGAAGCGUGACCGAACUAUAAUGAAGAAAACAGACCAGUGGUUUUUAGAUUUACUCAAUGGCUUGAUCGAAGUUACUGUGAUGGAUCUUACCAAAUAUGCAAGGGCUAAAUACGAGGCCCUUAUAACGAUUCAUGUACAUCAGAGAGAUAUAUUCAAUGAGCUGUGCAAAUUGAAAAUACGGAGCAUAGAAGAUUUUGAAUGGUUGAAACAAGCUAGAUUUUAUUAUGAGGAAGAGACAGAAGCUGUCGUGAUAAAAAUCACUAAUAUUGACUUCACAUAUCAAAAUGAGUUUUUGGGGUGUACGGAUCGUCUCGCGGUAACUCCUUUGACAGACAGAUGCUAUAUAACUCUAGCGCAAGCAAUCGGAAUGAACUUUGGUGGAGCGCCAGCAGGCCCCGCCGGAACGGGAAAGACGGAGACAACGAAGGACAUGGGCAAGUGUCUUGGAAAAUAUGUUGUAGUAUUUAAUUGUUCUGAUCAGAUGGAUUUUCGUGGGCUGGGGCGAAUAUUUAAGGGUCUGGCGCAGGCUGGUGCAUGGGGGUGUUUUGACGAAUUCAAUCGUAUUGAUUUACCUGUGCUAUCUGUUGCCGCUCAACAAAUAGCCAUUGUAUUGACUGCUCGGAAGGAAAAGAGAACUAGCUUUAUUUUCAGUGACGGACAGACGUAUCCAAUUGAUAUGGAAUUUGGUUUAUUCAUUACGAUGAACCCGGGAUAUGCUGGACGUCAAGAAUUACCUGAGAAUUUAAAAAUACAAUUUCGCAGUAUUGCCAUGAUGGUUCCCGAUCGACAGAUAAUCAUGAGAGUCAAAUUGGCGGCAUGUGGUUUCAAGGAAAAUGUUUUAUUGGCACGAAAAUUUUUUACGCUUUAUAAACUUUGUGAAGAACAAUUGAGCAAGCAAGUGCAUUACGAUUUCGGCUUACGGAAUAUUCUGUCUUGUUUGAGAACUCUUGGGGCUCAGAAGAGAGCUCAUCCAGAAGAAUCUGAAGAAACAACACUUAUGAGAGUCCUUAGGUAUGAUAUACGUUGA